GAUAUCCUCACAAUGGAAGUUUUGCUUCCAGAAAAGCAUUUUGACAUAAAAUUCUGUUUGCUGAACAGAAUCCUGUUUUCUUUUGUCUUCAAAACAGAAAUCUUUGGAGAGUAGGAGAUAAGAAAGGGGGAGAGUUUUGGAUUUAUCGUCCUUCUUCCCCUUCCCCUCCAUCUCCUUUUACAAGAGAGGGAGCAGAAACCGAAGGGAAGAGGAGGGGUGAGGAGAGUCAAAAGAGGAACAGCGGUCGGUUUGAGGCUUUGACCCCCUCUCUCUCGUUCCACCUUCCUCUUCCAACUCGUCCUAAAUUCCCUCCAUAAUCCUCUUCUUAUUCCACCACCACCUCCUAAGACCUCCUCCCAGGGUCGCAUGAUCAUGAACAUCCAAUUAAUCCCGCCAAUUUGAGCCUUUUGUCGUUCUAAUCCGCCUUUCGACAGUUGUCUCGAACGAACUGCUUGUUCUUGGCGUCUCUAUUUUUGGUCCCGUGGAACCAAACAAAACUCGACUCUUGAACUCCAGCGAGUCCUCUUGUGUCGCUUGCUGUGUUCCUUCGAGAUUUGAUGGGAAGGUCGUAUCUUGCUGUUGUCUUUGUAGGAUCCCCCGAUUUGUUCUUGUCAAAGACAAGUUUUUAGCUCCGUGUUCGAAGAAAAGCCUUGAAAAGAUUGGAUUUUUAGGAUCCAAAUUGCCUGAAUUCCGAUGGGGAACUGCUGCGUAGCGCCUGCCGAUCCGGAGAAGAAGAAGAAGAGGAAGAACAAGAAGGAGAAGCGGCAGAACCCCUACUCGAUCGACUACAACCGUGGGCCGGCCCGUGGCCUCGUCGUUCUCAAGAACCCUACGGGCCGGGACAUCGGCAGCCGGUACGAGCUCGGACAGGAGCUCGGCCGCGGCGAGUUUGGCGUUACCUACCUCUGCACCGACAGAGCCACGGGGGAGCUCUUCGCCUGCAAAUCCAUCUCCAAGAAGAAGCUGCGCACUGCGGUGGACAUUGAGGACGUGCGGAGGGAGGUGGAGAUCAUGAGGCAUUUGCCUAGCCACCCGAGCAUCGUGAGCCUCAAGGACACCUACGAGGAUGACGGCGCCGUGCACCUUGUGAUGGAGCUCUGCGAGGGAGGAGAGCUGUUCGAUCGGAUCGUCACCAAGGGGCAUUACACCGAACGAGCGGCGGCCAUCAUCAUGCGGACCAUCAUACAAAUCAUUCAGGUGUGCCACAAGCAUGGGGUUAUGCACAGGGAUCUUAAACCUGAGAACUUCUUAUUUGGGGACAAAAAGGAAAAUGGCCCAUUGAAGGCAAUCGAUUUUGGAUUGUCUGUAUUUUUCAGACCUGGUGAGCACUUUUCUGAAAUUGUUGGCAGUCCUUAUUACAUGGCACCAGAGGUUUUAAAGAGAAAUUAUGGCCCAGAAGUAGAUGUUUGGAGCGCAGGAGUGAUCCUAUACAUUUUGCUUUGUGGCGUGCCUCCAUUUUGGGCUGAAACCGAACAAGGUGUUGCCCAGGCAAUUCUUUGUUCUGUCAUAGAUUUCAAGAGAGAUCCGUGGCCAAAAGUUUCUGAAAGUGCUAAAGAUCUUGUGAGACAUAUGCUUAAUCCGGAUCCCAAGUAUAGGUUGAGAGCUGAGCAAGUACUUGAUCAUCCAUGGUUGCAGAAUGCCAAUAAGGCUCCUAAUGUUAGUCUAGGUGAAAAUGUAAGGGCGAAACUCCAGCAGUUCACCGUGAUGAACAAAUUUAAAAAGAAAGCCCUAAAGGUGGUGGCUGAAUAUUUAUCUGUCGAGGAAGUUGCAGGCAUAAAGGAUAUGUUUGAGAAGAUGGACAUAAACAAAAAUGGAAAAAUAACUCUUGAGGAGCUGAAAUAUGGUUUGCUUAAACUCGGUCACCAGAUUCCUGAUGCUGAUGUCCAUAUUUUAAUGGAAGCUGCUGAUGUCGAUGGAAGUGGCACUUUGGACUAUGGGGAAUUUGUUGCUGUAUCUGUUCACUUACGAAGGAUGGGAAACGACGAGCACCUGCACAAAGCAUUUUCAUAUUUUGAUCAGAACAACAGUGGAUACAUAGAAAUCGAAGAGCUCGGCAACUCCUUGGCUGAUGAUUUAGGUCCAGAUCAUGAAGAAGUCAUUAAUGCUAUUAUUUGUGAUGUAGACACGGACAAGGAUGGGAGGAUAAGUUAUGAGGAAUUUACAGCAAUGAUGAAGGCAGGCACGGAUUGGAGGAAGGCGUCAAGGCAGUACUCAAGAGAAAGGUUCAGUAGCCUCAGAUCUAAUUUGAUGAAAGAUGGAUCUUUGCAGCUGAAAAGUCACGGUAGAUAAAACUAAAUGAAAACAUAUCUGUAUAUUUGAAAUUGUCUAUUCCCUUCUCUUCUUGGUUAUGUGAUAUUCUUUAUAGUUAAAUUGGUCCCCCCUGAUAAGUUAAUGUGGUUAUUGAAGAUUUGGCUUCUAUGAGUUCCAACGAUCGAUGAUUGUGAUAUUACAUUCCCGGAAGUUAUCAACUUCGAACCUGAGGUUGCUCUGACAAUUUAUGCUCAACUUUUGUAAAUUUCUUGAUGGAUAUUUGAAUUCAAUUGUAAUUGCCACCAUUGUGAUGUUGCGUAUUA